AUGCUAUCACUACGGCAGAUCUGGGUCAUCGCAACUGAUGUUUCCCGCUCACUCUUUGGCGAUCCCUUACUAAGAGAUGUAUCACGAGGUCACACAAAGUUCGACUUGGCCAAAAAUGUCACCGCCGCGGAUGAAUACCCCGGAUACCCCGACUUUAGUCCAACCGGCAGUAAUAUUGAUCACUUCAGAUGCCAGUAUCCCAGUAUGGAAGGCUGGCAUUAUUGCGGUGGGUCAGAAGAUCAAUCAUGCUGGCUUCGGAAUCCUGAGACCGGUGAGCAAUUCAACAUCACCACUGAUUACGAAGACAAGAUGCCUUAUGGCAUUGAUCGCUACUUUAUCCUGGAUGUCUCGGAUGGUUGGAUUAAUGUCGAUGGUCUGAACUUCACUGAGGCAAAGUUGUUCAACAACACCUUCCCCGGCCCUUUGAUAGAGGCCUGCUGGGGUGACCGAGUCCACGUCAACGUCACAAAUUCUCUGGGGUUGAAUGGAACAAGCAUUCACUGGCAUGGAAUCCGGCAAAAAGACACGAUGCACAUGGACGGCGUCAACGGCAUUACUCAAUGUCCUAUUGCCCCAGAAGACUAUUUCGUGUAUGUUUGGAAUGCCACACAAUACGGGAGCUCUUGGUACCACAGUCACUACAGUGUCCAGUACGCCGAUGGACUUCAGGCUCCGAUUACGAUUCAUGGCCCUACAGUAGCUCCGUAUGACGAGGCAAUCGAGCCACUCAUCGUCACUGAUUGGUUGCACAACGGUGCCUUCAAUGCGCUUUAUCAAGACGCCAUCUUUCCUGACAUUCUGCUUGGAAGCGUCGGGCAUACUGUUGGUAACAUCACUCGAUACAACAGUAGUGUGGAGGCUCUUCUGCCCGUCCCGGCACCUUAUGAAAUUCACUUUGAUGACAUGGAGCCUAAUCCUCUCACAAGAGCCAAGCGUUACCUCAUACGGCUCAUCAACACAUCCUGGCAAACGACCUUUAUCUUCUCUAUCGACAACCAUCUCUUAACCAUCGUCGAAGCUGAUUUUGUCCCCGUCAAUCCGUUCAAUGUAUCGUCUCUGCUGGUUUCGAUUGGGCAACGUUACAACAUCAUCGUGGAAGCCAGUCCCCUUGUAAACAGCAGCAACCCAGCGCAAAACCCUCUGCCAGAGGACUGCAACUUCUGGAUCCGCACCUGGGUUGCUGGAGACGGCGUGGAAUGCGGCAGGAUCGGAACUACCGCGGAGUACCCACAAACAGGAAUCCUUCGAUACAACGCAGAGAGCACGACGAACCCGACGAGUUUGCCUUGGACGUUCAAUCAGAAUUGUUCCGACACGGAAGCGAACUCCAGGCUGGAUCCAGUCGUGCCUUGGACGGUUGGGUUACCGCAAAAUAAUAAGACUAACGACAACUUUAACGUGUCUCUGCUUCAUGGCGAAGGUCCGUAUGGAACUUCUUUCAUCUCUUUGGACCGCGCGGGCAGCGACCAGCAAAAUCCAUUCCAGACCGACUAUGGUAACCCGACAUUUUUAAACCUGGCCAACGUCCGGGAAAAGUGGCCUGUCGGAUGGGUCGUGGUUCCUGAGAACUACACUGAGAAAGAUUGGGUUCACCUGGUAAUGUUCGGUGCAAAUGAUCCGUCACAGGGGACCUUUGGGCCUCAUCCAAUCCAUCUACACGGCCACGACUUUGCCAUUCUCCGCGAAGUGGACGACGAGCUCUGGGACCCUGCAACGUACGACCCCACCAAAAAUAACCUGAACAACCCUCCCCGCCGCGACGUCGUGCUCCUCCCAUCGCAAGGCUACGUCGUCAUCGGCUUCAAGACAGACAACCCCGGCGUCUGGCUGAUCCACUGCCACAUCGCCUUCCACGCCGCGGGCGGGCUUUCGAUGCAGAUUAUGGAAAGGCAGAGCGCAGCUAACGAGUUCUGGCCGCCUGGGAACUCGGCAGAUCUGGAUGAGGCGUAUCGAGUGUGUGAGAACUGGAACAGCUGGGCGUACGAUUGCAGAAACCUUUGGCCGGGAGAGGUCGCUAGGAAGGAUAAGGAUGGAAAUCCGACGAACCAGACUCAUUGGCCGGCUUGUGAGGAUGCGGUUAUGCUGCAGAACGAUUCCGGUGUGUAA